UGGGGGUAUGUGUGUUGUGUUUGUUUUUUUAAUACCAGCUGACUUUAGAACAGAGAAUCUGGUGGUGGUGGUGGUGGAGUGCUCAUCUCUCCCCACAGAAGGAUGGAAUGUGCUUCCACCUUUGGAUUCUGGCUGGUUUCAGUUCUCGAUGUGUCUUUUUCUGAACUGGAUAAGGAAGAAUGCAGUGAGAUUGGUAUGGCUGAGAAGAAUGAUAAAGGCUUGUCAUGAGAAGAAAGCAACCAGAAGAAAGUCUCUUUUCAUGCUCUUGUCUUUUUCGAUCAAGCCCAAACCAGAAAGACAGUAAGGGAUGUGAACAUAUCCACAAUAACAAUGCUUGCAUUCAUUGCUACAGUCACCAUCUUCAGGAAAAGCCAACUUGAAGGAUGACAAGAUUGUGACCUAAUCACUGUUGAACAAAUGCUCGUGGUGAUGGCAUUGUGCUGUUCUGCCAACUCUCGUCCUUUCUGCUAACACAGUGUGUUCUGCUGGGCCACAGGGAUGGUGAGCGCACAGAGAAGAUUAUCGGGACCGUGUAGGAUUGGCGUUUGAUUGGAGAGCGUGCAGGGGUGCUCACCAUGGAGAAGCAGCAGGUUGUCGUGGGGAGCCAGGACGGUGGGACCGUGUCUGGAGCAGCACCUGCCUUUUUUGUCAUCUUGAAACAGCAGCAGGGCAACGGUAAAGCCGACCAAGGAAUCCUGGUAGCAAACCACGAUGCCUGUGCUCUCGCCACCAGCGUAUCCAGUCCGGUGAUGUCCAAAGCCAGGACCUGCCUCCCAGCUGACUGUAUCUCGGGGGGCAUUACGGUCACCCUGGACAACAACAGCAUGUGGAAUGAGUUCUACCAUCGCAACACAGAGAUGAUCCUGACCAAGCAGGGGAGGCGCAUGUUCCCCUACUGCCGAUACUGGAUCACGGGUCUGGAAGCCACCCAGAGGUACAUCCUGGUCCUGGACAUCUCCCCCGUGGACAACCACCGGUACAAAUGGAACGGCCGCUGGUGGGAGCCCAGCGGGAAGGCAGAACCCCACGUCCUGGGGCGAGUGUUUAUUCACCCAGAAUCCCCUUCCACUGGCCAGUACUGGAUGCACAAGCCGGUGUCCUUCUACAAACUCAAACUUACCAACAAUACCCUGGACCAAGAGGGUCAUAUCAUCUUGCAUUCCAUGCACCGCUACCUGCCACGACUUCACCUGGUGCCUGCAGACAAAGCGACGGGAGUCAUUCAGCUCAACGGCCCCGACGUCCAUACCUUCACCUUCCCGCAGACGGAGUUCUUCGCCGUGACAGCCUACCAGAACAUCCAGAUCACCCAGCUGAAAAUAGAUUACAACCCUUUUGCUAAAGGGUUCCGAGACGAUGGGUUGAAUAGUCGGCCCCAGCGCGACGCGAAGCAGAGCGGUAACUUGGAACUGAAAGCGAGUGACAUCCUGAGCGCCGCCGGCGGCCGCGGCCGCGCCGCUGAAGUCGAUGCGUUGGAUUUGCAUCAAAGAGCUUCAGAUCCUUCAUUUGUCGGUCAAAACCCAUCAGAUGCCAACCUGGACAAAGAAUCCUUUAAUUCAGAAAGGGACUUCCUGAGUUUCCCGGACUCUGACCUGUCCUCAAGUGAUAUGCCAAAGCUAAAACAAGAAGUCUCCGAAAGCCCUGUUGCUAGCAGCUAUGAAAGCAAUUCCUGUGUGGCAUCCCCGCUGGACCCCAACGGACACAUUAAUGUUGUGGUUAAAGAGGAACCCUUAGACGAUUAUGACUACGAGUCGGGUGUUUGCACUCAAGGAGUAAGUGUGAAACAGGAGGACACAGAUGAGGAAACUGACGAGUAUUCCAACACUGAUGAUGAUGAUCCCAUCGUACAGAAACACCUGAUGAGGCGAAACGACACGGACGGGAUUGAUGGAGAGUUCAGGUCCAGGAAGCGGUUGCUGACCAGCCCUUCGGGUGUUGCCAGAGCCAAAAUGUUAAAACUGGACAGUGGCAAGAUGCCUGUGGUCUACUUGGAACCCUGUGCAGUCACAAAGAGCACGGUGAAGAUAUCUGAGCUGCCACAGACCAUGUUGUCCUCUUGCAAGAAGGACAAGUCCUCGUUGAGUGCAGUGAUGGAUUCCUUGCCCGAGUGCUUUGAAAAUCACAAAGGCUCUUGCUCGGACACAGCCACUGUGGCUGAGGAGUUCGUCAUGAGAAAGCAGUCUGCUGGGAGUAAAAUGACACAUAAAUACUCUUCCAUCAGAGAGGACCAGUGGGGUCUGUCGAAAUCCUCUAAUUUUAAUCUCAGGGGCUCAGUAAGUUGUCACUUUUCAGCUAAAGAGAUGUGUGGAAGGAAAAGGUCUGGCAUGCUGAAGAAUGCCAUGUCCCUGAAAGGCUCUGGCAGCAGCCAAAACACCCUGUCAUCAGUUACAACUAAAAGAGGAAGGCCACGGAAACUAAAAAUUACCAAGGCUGGUCGACCCCCUAAAGGCAUAGGGAAAGCUGUAAUAACGAGCAAGAACACCUCCCUGGGGCCUGGGAGUGUCCUUCCAGACGUGAAGCCAGACCUUGAAGAUGUUGAUGGAGUCCUCUUUGUGUCCUUUGCAUCAAAGGAAGCUCUUGACAUUCACACUGUUGAUAGAGCUGGAGGAGAAGAGUCACAGAACCUUCAGGCUCCCUUGGUGACCACAAAUGAUCCAGAUUGUCAAGCAAGAAUACAAGUACUGGAAAAGGAAUUGAUGGGAGAGCUGAAGACCUUGAGGCAUAAGCAAGUAAUACAUCCUAGCCUUCAGGAAGUGGGACUGAAGUUGAACUCUGUGGACCCAACGAUGAGCAUUGACUUGAAAUACUUGGGUGUGCAGCUUCCUCUUUCCUACUCAAGUUGCUUGUGGAGCUAUCCAGGAACCAACCCCAAUUCUCCAGAUACAGGAUUUCCCUUUGUUUCCAGGACAGGAAAGACAAAUGAUUUCAGGAAAAUCAAAGGCUGGCGAGGGAAGCUGCAUGGUGCUUCUAGAAAUGAAGGUGGCAGUUCAGAAGGUUCUCUGAAGAACCGCUCGGCCUUCUGCAGCGACAAGCUGGAUGAAUACCUGGAAAACGAAGGGAAACUGAUGGAAACAAGUAUGGGCUUCUCUUCCAGCACCUCCACUUCUCCCGUGGUGUAUCAGCUUCCCACCAAGAGCACCAGCUACGUGCGAACGCUUGACAGUGUUUUAAAGAAGCAGUCCACCAUAAUUCCAUCAACAUCUUACACCUUCAAGCCCACUCCUCUGACAUCUACCUCUAGGAAAACAAAGUCUCAAACCAAACAGACAUCAACAACCAGCAGAGGAAGAUCGUCCUACAAGCCUAUACUGCCCUCCCCUUUUGCUGUGAAGCAGAAGCAGAGCUCCUCAUCGUCAGGGGAGAGGGCUGCCAAGGCCGUCUCCAAUAGCGGUUUGGCUAACCCGGCGGAGGGUUGCGUGGUGCCGGCUCUGGAUGAAGGCACGCUUCCCAAACAGGUCAGCCUGCGCCAGGCGCCUCAGGGAGGUCGUCCCUUGGGUUUGUCAAAGUCUCAAGUGAAGUUAAUGGACUUGGAAGACUGUGCAGUGUGGGAUGGCAAACCACGGACCUACAUUACAGAGGAGCGAGCAGACAUCUCUCUGGCGACCCUGCUGACAGCUCAGGCUUCUCUCAAAACCAAACCCAUCCACAAAAUCAUAAGGCGCCGAGGGGCCCCUUCGUGCAACAACGAUUUCUGUCGGCUGGGGUGUGUGUGUGCCAGCCUGGCCAUGGAGAAGCGGCAGCCCACGCACUGCCGCAGGCCAGACUGCAUGUUUGGGUGCACCUGCUUGAAGAGAAGAGUGUUGCUGGUAAAGGGAAUAUCCAAGCAUAAGAAAAUCAUGAAAAAGGCUGCACGAGGAAACCUCGUCUUCUACGGAACGCGAGGACAGCAAGAGGAGGAGGAUGUGGACAAAGGUGGUGAUGGGGAGGAGGAUGAGCUGAAGCAGAAAGAUAAGAAGAAGAGGAAGAAGGUGGAAUACACUAUCUGUGACUCGGAGCCAGAGCAGCCUGUUAGGAAUUGUCCAUUGUGGGUUAAAGUAGAAGGUGAAAUAGAUCCAGAACCAAUUUUCAUCCCAACACCGUCCGUUACUGAACCGGUGAAAUCCACGGCGAUGCCCAGCCCCGAGGUCUUGCUUUCUAGCAAGCAUAAAUCUUCCAGUGGAACGAAGCCAGGCAGAGUGUAUACUCCCAAACCCAACCCAGUGAUUCGAGAGGAGGACAAGGAUCCUGUCUACUUGUACUUUGAGAGUAUGAUGACUUGUGCAAGGGUCCGAGCCUAUGAGCGCAGGAGGGAGGAGAAGAAGAGGCAACAGAAAGGCAGAAGUGAUUCACAGAGUUCCAGUGUAAAGGAGCAAGAACCAGAGCUUCAGUCUCCUGAGAAAACAGCCUGUGAGGCAGACAAAGACACUGACAAACCAGAAGAGAAAAGCUCGUGGUCUUCCCGUAGCGAGGGGGACUCUACCUCCUCUGUUCAUCACACCACUCCAGGUGGACCAACCAAAUUUAUCGAGAUUAUCUCUGACUGCAACUUGGAGGAAGAUAACAAUAAGAUCUUGAGCAUCUUAUCGCAGCAUAUGGACAGUAACGCUCCCCAGUGCCUCCAAGUGGGCAGCUUCCUUAUUGAGUUGGCUCCGGAGCACAAAGGCCAGGACGAGCAUCACCCUCCCGUCUACUCCUCCAGAGUGAAGAUCUCGGUGCCGUCCUACCGGGGCAAGGACGAGAAGAAGGCCGAGCUCCGUGUCCUGGAGCCCCCCGCUAGCGGAGCGUCGUCGCGCGGGACCCCCGAGCACCUGCGGCUGCUGCGGGCGGGCGCCGUGGCCGCGCAGCGGGAGAAGCUGCCCGGGGGCAGAGCUUUGCCGUUUUACGCAGGGCUCUCUCCCGCGGGGAAGGUGGUCGUCUACAAACGCAAAGCUAAUGUCAGCCCCUCGGGCUUGAUUCAGGUUAAUGAUAAAAGAUAUCCUCAGGCCAAACUGCUUUUGGGACAGAUGGGGGCAUUACAUCCUGCCAAUCGGCUAGCAGCUUAUAUCACAGGCAGGCUGCGACCCGCAGUACUUGAUAUCUCAACCCUCAGUACUAUGUUCUCCAAGGUAGCAUCCAAUGGUAAAGCAGCUGCUUCUGGGACACCAUCAGUCCAGGUGCCCACAACAUCAACUCCCAAAACUACAUCUUCCACCAGCACUACUUCAACCCCCAGUGUGACGACUCUGAAAACCCAUGUCCCAGCACAGAGGCAGAUAGCUGCCCGGCCCUCACCUGGUGGCGUGUUCACACAGUUUGUCAUGAACAAAGCUGGAGCUCUGCAGAGGAAGGUUCCCGGCCCCAGCACACGCCAGCCCCCGUCAGCGCCGCAGAAGCUGAGCGUCAAGCCCACGCCCAUCAUGGUUGUCACUCCCGUGGCUCCCUCCAAGACCUCCCCAGCUCAGUGCACGGUCUCCCCUGGGGUCACUACGGCCAUCAGCACUUUGCCAGUCACCGUGGAAAGCAGCGCUGCAGCGGCGUCUCCCGUGAGCUCUCCUGGCCAGACGAAAGCCAGCGAACCUGCCUCUGCCGUUCCUGCCGUGACGGUCACGGCUGCUCCCGCCACGCCUGGAGUCGCCACCUGCGCUGCCCCCUCCUCCACCGCUCCCACCGCCACUGUGAGCAUAACCAAAGCAACAGGCAUUGUUGCACCCGUAGCAGCCGUGUCACUCCCUAAAACGGUGGUGACGACACCAACUGUCACUUGUCCUGUUGUCACAACGUCCAGUUCGACGGUCGUACUGACAACAGCCGCCUCCGUGGUGACCACAGCGACUUCCCCUGCUGCUUCUAUUCCGGUUCUACUGUCAGGAGUUAAUUCAAGUCCUUCACUGAAUCCAAAGAGAGAAGAUGCCUCUCCUCAAGCUGUGAGUCAGUCUCCUCAGAAGAUGUCUCCUGGGACAGAGAAGCGUGUAGGGCCGCGGUUGUUGCUGAUCCCGGUGCACCAGACGCCGCCCGCCCUGCGCCCGCUCAACAACGCGCAGCUCACGCAGAGGCAGAGGAUGAUCCUUCAGCCCCUCAGGAGCCCCGGGAAUGUGAACCUGUUCAGACACCCGAACGGGCAGAUAAUUCAGCUUGUGCCCCUGCAGCAGGUUCGAGCUGCAGGCACGCAGCCCAGCGCCCAGCCCGUGAUGUUCCGCAAUCUAGGAUCCGUUGUAGGAAUCCGGUUGCCCGCGCCCGCGAAACCUCCAGAGUCACCCGUGUCUCCCACUUCCUCUGUGUCUUCCACUUCUCCUGCCACCAGUUCAGCUGUACAAACAGCAGUGCCCACCUUAUCCUCUACGAGUAACCUCAGCACUCAGGCGUCUUCUCUUCCUUCGGUGACAAACGUCGUGUCACAGGCAAGCACUCUGACCCUGAGGAUCUCUCCUUCCGCUGCCAGCAGCGUGACAAGCCCAACGGCCUCCGAGUCCAAAAUCACCUGCAGCCCAGGUGGUCUGUCGGCUCCCACUGCUAAUCUCAUCCCUCUGCAGUCUGGUAGUUUCGCUUUGCUUCAGCUCCCGGGACAGAAGACCGUGCCAAACUCUAUCCUGCACCAUUUUGCGUCUCUUCAGAUGAAGAAGGAUUUCAGGAAAAUAUGCAAGAAAGAGGAAUUGGGUGGUGCCCAGCAGGAGAACGACAAGGCUUCGUGCUCAGACGAUGCCGAAGUGACCGAGCCCGAGGCUGCAGUGUCAGAUAAGAAGCCAGAAGACAACGAGUUGUCGGUUACCCAGUCGAGUAACGAAGAGGCGGCGUCUGGCGCCACGCCUGAUCAAAGUUGCGCUGCAUUAGAGAUGGUGGAGAAAGAGCCCAAGGUGCUAGAGAGCUCUUGUGAUGAUAGCUCCUCUUCUCUGCAUGAUGUUUCCACAGAUGUCAUCUCGUCUGACCACUCGUACAUCAGCGAGAAGCCGAACGAUGAGGAGGAAAAAGGGGCUUCUGAGGAGAAGGAGCAUCCUGUCAGUCCUGAAAGCGGAGCGGAGGCUGUGGCAGCCAACUCUGAAACUGUUUGUGAGGCAGCAGAUGAGUCUCUGGCUGCUCCUCUGGAUGAUGCACAUCCACAGAGUCUCGAGAAUGAGGAGACUCUGCAGUUGAAGAACCACGGGGAGGAAGGAAUAGAUGCUGAACAGAAAGAGAAAGCAGGCAAAGAACAGGAAGGAGAGAUGAAGGAGGACAACAAGGCAAGUCCCGGGCAGUCAGGGAGCCAGCAGGAGCAAGGUGCACAGCUGGAGGAGGAGAAGGAGCAGAGAGGGACUGAGCUGUCUCAGAACAAACAGAGAUGCCAGGGUGAUGCUGUACAGGCAGAAACAGACAGGGAGGAACACAACAGCUCCACAGAAGCAGAAACUGGAGGAGAGGAAAAAGGAAGUAAGUCUGAGGGCAGUUGUGCAACAGAGCAGGAUGAUGCUUCGGGAGAAGGGCAUGCAGGCCAUGCCGAGGAAGGCAAAGCAAAGGCAGCUGGCCAGGAAGGCAGGAACAGUAAAGGACAAGGUGCUUUUGAUUCUCAGGAAGAAAUGAAAACGGGUCAUGACAUUCUAGCACACGUAAACAGUUCUUGGAGCAAAAUAUCCAGCAUCGUGCCCACCUUAGACAACAAAGGCGAGGCGGGUAACAAAGCUGAUACCUCGGAGAAAAGCGGCCGCCUGACCCCGGAGCAGAGGGUGCAGGAGCCCAGGCAGCACAAAAAGGGUUGCAAGGCUGCUGAUGAGAUCGCUGUUGAUGAUCUGGAAGAGGAAGAAGAGGAAGAUGACGACGAGGAGGAAGAGGAUGAAAAAACCGAUGACUCUGCUGACGAGAUGCUGGAUGGUACCUCUGACUUCCCCAGUGAAGAUGAAGUAGAUAUUGAGAAGAUGGUAAGUAUUCUGUUGAGUGAAGAAGACGACUGGAGAUCUUCAAAAGGAAAGAGAAGAAAGGAAAAUGAGAAGAGAAGAAUAGGAGGAGGACAAGAUUGGGAUGCGUGUGAAUACAGUGAGGAUGACGAGCAGGUGGACAUUGAGACCGUGGAGGAGCUUUCAGAGAAGAUAAACAUUGCCCGCCUGAAGGCCACAGCUGCUAAAACCCAACCUUCCAAACUGAAAUACCAUGCUCGUUAUUCUUCGGAUGAGAAAUUAACAGAAAAACCUACGAAGAAACGCUCGUUCCGGAGCAGGCGGCUCAAGUCCGAGGCAGAGGCGUUCGCUCACUACCGCCAGACGCACACGGCCAACGAGCGCCGGCGCCGGCACGAGAUGAGAGACCUCUUUGAGAAGCUGAAGAGAGCUCUGGGCUUACAACACCUUCCCAAGGUCUCCAAAUCCUACAUUCUCAAGCAGUCCUACGAAGAAAUCCAAGGCUUGACAGACCAGGCAGAUAAACUUAUUGCGCAGAAGAAGUUGCUGACACGCAAGCAGGACAUUCUGAUUCGGAAGGUAUCCACGCUUUCAGGGAAGACAGAAGAGGUUGUCCUGAAGAAGCUGGAAUAUAUCUAUGCCAAGCAAAAAGCAGUAGAAACACAGAAAAAGAAGAAACAUGCCGAGGCAGAAAAACCUGCUGUGACCUCAGCUGUCAGCAACCAACCAGAAGCAUCUCCUGCUCCCUCCAGAGAAGUACCCAAAACACCUGUGACCAAUGGAAGAGGCAAGCCCCUGAUCCUGGCCAAAAAAGCAGUCUCUGCCAAAGAGGACACCUCAUCCUCUCUCACACUGACUGCUGCAAGCCUGGUGAUGACUCCCCAGGGGCAGGUGCUUACGCUGCAGAGCCCGCUGGUGCCGGGGCCCGUAGCAACCGUUCCCCCCACGCUGCUGCAGGCAGAGCUAAAGCCUCAAGCUGUCAGCACCACCAUAACUCCACAGCCAGGUAUUGCUUCUGUGAUGAUUCAGCUGCCAGGAUCAACAGUCCCUGUCCAGGUGCAAGGAAUCCUUACUAACUCUGCCAUUCCCAUUACACUGUCAACUGUUGUUGGAAACCCAAUGCCCUCAACAUUAGUUCCAGCUACACAGCCCCGUUCAGAAAGCGAGGAUUCCUUCGUGAUGCCAAAGAUCGUCAACGUGACGUCGCUGGCUGCCGAGGGCAGCGCGGGGCUCGGCCUCAGCAGGAACAAAGGCGCGGCGGCUGCGGGCGCUCAGGCUGCUGAGAAACCCCCUGAGGGCAGCAAGGGCAGUCACGUCCUUUCGGAGGAAAAGGCCAAGCCGUGCGCUGGAGCCGGCGGCGGGGACGAGAGGAAAAGCUCGGGCGCCGCUAAAGCCUUCUUUGACGGCAAAGACGGGUUUCCGCAGCGCCGGCACGCGGCGGGUAACCAGGAGCCUCCCGAGCCCUUCGGCAAGAAGCUGUGCCUGGGGGAGCUUGCGGGAGGCCAGGCCAGGAGGAAGGACGGGGAGCCCCCGGCCGAGAGGCCGAAGCCCAAAGAGCUGCCGUUCCACAGGCUGCAGAUCAAGGACGCCCGCAUAGAGAUGGAGCUGCGCAAGGUGGCGUCGGCCAUGGAGGAGGCGGAGCUGGACGCCAGCGAGCUGCUGGGCGGCGUGGAGGACAGCGACGACACGGACGAGACGCUGACCUCGCUGCUCAACGAGAUCGCCUUCCUCAACCAGCAGCUCAACGACGACGCCUCGGCCAUGGCCGAGCUGCCGGGCGCGCUCGCCUCGCAGUUCUCCGGCGGGGACGCGGCGGCUCGGCGCAGGGCGGGCGGCGAGCUGGCGCCUGCAGCCGGCUCCUCCUUCCAGUUCGGCCACCUGGGGAGCGGCUUCAAAGAGCUGUCUGAAGGCCCGGAGGGUGGGGGCUCCAUAAGCCCCCUCCUGCUGCACCUGGCGGACGAUGACCUCGCCGACGGGGACAAGAGCUGCGGGGAGCCCUCGUCCGAGGCGGACGUCUUGAAGAUCGUGAUCGGUGCCGAAGUGAAGGAUCCGCUCCCCGGCCCGGCCCCGGGCGGCGGCGGCACAAGCCUGGGCGCCGUGGCAGAGGCCGCGAGCGCGGCUCCGCCGGUUCUGCAGAUGAAGGGCACCGCGGAAGCUGGCGGCGCUGACACGCUGUGGCGGCCCAUGCCCAAGCUGGCACCGCUCGGCUUAAAAGCGGGGAGCCUGCCGGCGGACUCGGAGGCGCAGAGCAAUAAAGUGAUGCCUUUGUUGGCACCUAUAGUCACAAAACUGGCGCCCGCUGGCGCGAAAAGUGCGUCGCCUGCGGCCGUUCAAGAAGGACAGGACGGCAAGGCGAUGCCUCCCUUAGCGCCCGUGGGGGCGAAAGCCACCGGCACCGGCACCUCGCCGCCCGGCGCCGCCGGCAAAUAGACGCGGCUGGGUUGUGCCGGAGACCGGAACGGAGCCGCGGAGCGGUGCCGGAGGCUGGCGGCCUCCCUCGGCUGCAGCGCCCCGUGGCAUCGGCGCUCUCCCCACCUGAGGGCAGGCCCCAGACUGAGAAACAAGUGCUGUGGGACUUUACAGCACGUUGACGUUCUUUUUACCUCACUGUUGUGUUCUGGGUGUCCUUCUUCCCCUUCGAAGCAAGGAAGGUGACCUUGUAACCAUUGCUGGGCACAUGGUGUCUUUCCCGGAUGGGAUCCUUCCCAGAACUAGUUUGUCAAAGGAAAACCUGGGCUGCAGAAGGAGAUGGCUUUGGGCUUGGUGGUUUGGGGAGGCAGCUCUCUGGUCGUUGGGAGGGGGGAAGGAAAUCACGGUGGGUGCCUUGGUUUUGUACCAAGCGAAUUAUCUAUGCAGAAAUGGGGUGGGGCACGUUGGCUCUGCGGUGGGGGCAGGCUGUGAGGGUGGCUCUUGCUCUCAGAGCAGCGGUAAGGAAACGGGAGGCCGUGCACAGGGCUGAAGUGAAGAGAUUCCGUUCUUUGGUGCUAGAUAGUUCUGUGGCAGAGACUCUUUCUUUAGGAGCUUAUGCACAGAAGACUUUGCUAUUAAACAUCCCUCACUCUCACUACAUGGGGAAGAAAAUGACGUUUUCCCAGUGUCAUUCCAAGCUAGACAGUAUGUUACCCUCAAUAAAACUACUGAAAUAAUCCCCUCCCUUGCACCUCCUGCCCUGUACAAACCCUCCUUUGGUGCUCAGGGCAUCUGGAAGGCAGGAAUUGCAGAGCAGAAAGGCGUUUGGGCACCCCAUUGCUCCACCUUUACCUUACUGAAGUAGCUUGAGUGUAUUCCCAGGUGUUUUCUCCCUCCCCCCCCCACCCCCACCAUCCUUCAAGCUGUGUUUGGUGGCCAGCAGCGUUGCUUCAGACAAACCCAGCCAGCUCUCCAGGCCUGUUGUAGCCUAGCAGGAAGGAGCCAGGUGUAUAUGUGAAUGUAGAUAUGAAAAUAUGUGUAUAUCUCCCCAAAACCUUCAUUCAGGAAAGAUGCUCAGAGGUUUCUCACUGCAUUUGCACAAGCUGUGUAUAGCAAAAAAACAAAAGAGUCGACACAAAAGCUCCUUGGCAGGGAAACAGGGCAGCAUUGAGUCACAAGGUGUAUUUUUUUCUUCCUCUCUGCCACUGCUUGCUCAGUAACCUGUAGCUUCUCUUCAGCUGUUCAACUGGUGGAUGUGAAGGGCCUACAGGACUGUAAAGAUAUUUAUAUUUUUGUACACAGGGUUUGUUUUCAUAGUUUUUUUCCUCGAUGACAGAUGAAAUGUUGAGCCCAGGAGAGAUGAUUUGCUGACGAGCGCGUGCACACAACCUUCUCCUACCCCUUUGGAAACGAGCCGUGGUGCGCUUGAGGGGCUUCUGAACUGCUCCUGAACCACAGCAGAGCUCACUGCUGCAUUUGGCUUGGUGAUCAGGAGUGUUUAAUCCUCUCUUACCACCCUAGCCACGGCAGCUGGGACUCUCAGCCCGAGAUUCCCCCCCCUCUGGGUCUCCAGCGCAGAGCUCGGGAGCGGUGUGUGGGCACCCUGCUGGCUGAGCUGCAGCUGCUGGGGCUGUGCCUCGGAUCCACGAGGGAAACACCUCCCUGGGGCCUUUCCUCAUCGUGCUUGCAUCCUUUUCUGUUGUGCCACACAGGAGAGAAGCCCUUGGAGCUCGGCACACUCCAGAGCUGACACAGAAGGCUCUUCCCUGGGCCGUUUGCAGCGUGGUGUUUCAAUCAGCCACGUGGAACUUGUUCUUGCCUGCUGCGUAGUUGCUGCUUGAGUAAUUGAUACAAGCCCCUGUUUAAUGGCUUGGGAGAGUGUAGGUGAGCGUGAGAGCGAUGCAGGAGCUCACAGUUGUCACUGAAUGCCUUAGGAAAGGGGAUUUACAAUAUGAAGGAGUAUUUAGACCUACAUUGCUUAUUAUUAAAGCAUUUUAACCUUCUUUUAAACCAGUGGGAGUCUGGAGGAACUAAAUCAGUUUAGUACCACUAUAAACAGACUUAAAUCCAUUUACCUGGGGGUCUGGUUCUGAGCAUUUCUAAUAGGCUGGAGUGGGUGAUGAAUUGCUGCCAGUAGGUUUCACUCCUCCUGUCCAUGAAACAGCUACCAGAACUGUGACUCCAGUUCCCAAUCCCUGACUUUUCUUUCUCCCCCCCACCCCCAUCCUUUUAUGGCUCCAAAUGGCCAAUUUUAAUGACAGAAUCAUGUGCUGAUGACACUUGGCUCCUUUUUAAAAGCCCCUGUGCUUUGCACACUUCUGUGGGACAGAGAAAGCUGGAAGGUGGAAACUCUUCAAGUGGGAUCUAAAAGAAAUGUUGUCCCUUGAGGCUGCUUCAUCCUUCCUCAGGGGAAUGGAGAGACAAUGCCUGAGGGUUUGGCACCGGGCAGGGAGGAGUUUGACUGCAACAAAACCCCACGGUGUGAAGGUUUGUGACAGCAAAAAGAUUGGAUUCCUGGUUGGUAACUGGUUAAUUAACCAGUUGGUAACUGGUAAUUGGAUUCCUGGUUGGUAACUGGUUAAUUAACCAGUUGGUAACUGGUAAUUGGAUUCCUGGUUGGUAACCACUUGAGUAGUUAAGUAACUCAGAAAAGACCCCAGAUUUGGCUGUGAACAGUUGGAAGUUGGUGCAGUUCCAGGAAGGGUCUGUGUGGGGUUCUGCUGGCAGCAAGGCACCUUUGAAUCGCUCUCCCUUGUUGCCGCUGCGGCUCCAGUGUUUGGCUGUGGGUGUCGGUGCUGACUCUGGGGUUGUUUCUGCUCUUCCCUCCAGCUCCCAGUUGGCUUGGAACAAACCUUUUGGAAAAACAAAAAGCUCAACGUUAAAUGCUGUCGUUUGAGGCAAUAAUGUCAGAGGAUGAAAAGCUUUUAGGAUGAGGAGAACAAAGGAGCCCCCUGCGAGGCGCUCGCUCUCGGUAGCCCCCGAGAGCUGGAGGUCUGGUUUUUUACACACCUGUACAUAGACUGGAAUGUUUUUAAGAGUAUAAAUGUCAGAUUUAGCUUUUUUUUCCCCCCCUUUUAUAUAUUAAAAUAUAUCUUUCCCUCUUUUCUGCUUUUGAGAAAUGGAUAUUUUUGUAGCAAUCUAACAGAACAGGACUCUUAACUGUAUGUGAGGGGCAAAGUGUACAACUAAAAUAAACCAACUGAGGUGGACUAGAAA